AUUUCUAUCGCAUAAAGCACCAUGAGAUGAACAUCGAUAAUUAUUAUACUCAAACUAUACUAAGAGUCCUUGAUACACAGGCUGGUGAGGAGCAGACUAUCAUUCUCAUCCAGUUACCUCUUAGUAAUAUAGUGAGUGAUGAGCUCUCACAUACAGAGAGAGUUGGGAUAUUAUCAGCCAUUGAAGAAAUUGAAAAAAUACAAAGAAAAACAGGAAAUAAUCCAAUACUGGUACACUGCAGUGAUACAGUAUCAAGGAGUGGAGUCUUCUGUGUGCUCUAUACUUCAAUACAGCAAAUGAAAAUCGAACAGCAGGUUAAUAUUUAUGAGAUAUUGUACAAUAUGAGGACUUGCAAGCCAGGAUUGAUAACCACACCAGUACAAUAUAAGAUGGUUUAUUUGUUACUGAUGCGUUAUGUUGAAGAGUUUGAAGCUUAUGGAAACUUUGAGGGUCAGAAAAAGGACACAGAAAGCAUUUAUAACGAUUGAAAAAAAACAAAGACACUAC